AUGGGACGGAGUGAAGGCAGCUUCAAAGAAUGGAUACACGAUCAAAGCGACAAAGACAGCGCAUCUCGAGAGCCUGUGACUUCUGCCACGGCAGAGGACUCAAGUGCCGCCGAAGUAGCAGUUCAGCCGACGAAGCUGCACUUCCCAUUCCUCCCAGAGAAAGACCUCCUUACACGCUGGGAGGACAGUAUUCCGGGCCCGGAGGAACCAUCAUACAUGCUGUUGAUGGCUCUAUGUGCCGUCAGCUCACAGACAGCGUCUCUAAAAGCCGUGUUUGACAGCGCACUCAUCGAUGGCCCCCCGGUGCACGACAGUGAUCUCUACUUUCUCGAGGCCGUCUCCAAGAUCCCCAUGCGCAUCGCCCAGUCACAAGAUCUCGACUACCUGCGGUCGUUUGGACUGCUGGCAGUCUACUCGCUGCGCUGCGGCAACCACACCGACCUCCACCGCUACCUCGGGCUGUACCACGCCCUGGUGGCCCAGCACGGCUUCCACGACGAGUCCCGCUGGCCCAGCGACAUCUCGCUGUCGGACGUCGACGACCGCCGGCGGCUGUUCUGGUGCGUCUACCGCCUCGAGAUCCACUCGGCCUGCGUCCUGGGCCACGUGGUGCGGAUGCCCGAGUCGCAGGUCUUUGUGCUCUACCCCCGCAUCACCCCGGCCAUGGAGCCCGAGACCCAGGCCUGGACCGCCGGGUGGGACUACAUCACCGACCUGUACCGGCUGCUCGAGUACGCCAUGUUCAGCCUGCGCGGGUGCAAGAACCGCAAGCCCAUCCUGGCCGGCCUGCUCGACCGCCCGUCCCCGACGACGCUGCUGGACAGUCUGCACCGACUCAAGGCCGCCAAGCCUCGGAUCCUCCUGGCCGAUCCCGACAGCGCGUUUCAGAGCAACCGGUGCAAGUACAUGGCGGUCGAGAUCAUUUGCAUGGAGACGCUGGUGAACAUCAUGGCGCUGCUGUACUGCCAGGCGCCGGCUAGCGAGGUGAUGACUGUCGCGGACAAUUUCCUGAAAGAGGUCGCCAUGGUGCCGCUCAUCAUGUUCAGGAUAGCGAGCAGUCAGAUCGUGCACCAGAUACUGGGUGUCGGACACAUGCUCUGUAAUGCGUCUCGCUACGAGAAUGGGCAGUACAGGCUGAAUCCCUCUGCUCAAUUCUUCCUUGUUCCUGGAAAGGAAGAGUUGACUCAAGAAGACGCAGAGCACGGAGAAAAGAACGUCGAAACAUAG